AUGCCUAUGAACCCCCCACCUUCCAUUCUCCUGAUGCCAGAUCUCUCCGGUGCAGAAUCUUCAGAAGUCGGUGCUACUACUUUGUAUCUGACCGUUGUGGAAACGUAUCCCGAUUGUCCGUGGAAAACGCGUAUUGUGAGAUCGCAGCAAGUCGCACGAGGUCGUGGCUGUGACCAGCUGCGACCAGCCGCGAAAAUUUGGACUAUAUGCGAUCUUGCGCGAGCCCAAUCAAACGUGGUCGCAGGCUAG